AUGCCGCAGAUUCAGUACAGCGAAAAGUAUUACGACGACGUGUACGAGUACAGACACGUGGUUUUACCUCCGGACAUCGCGAAACUCCUUCCGAAGAACCGUUUGUUGACCGAGACCGAGUGGCGCGGAUUGGGUGUACAGCAAUCGAGAGGAUGGGUGCAUUACGCGAUUCACCGACCCGAACCGCACAUCAUGUUAUACAGGCGUCCGCUGACGGAGACGCCUCCACAGUGA